AUGGAGCCGCCACCGGCCGCCCCGACACCAUCUACACCCGACGAGGACGCUCACGACGAUGAAGCAGCGCCGGCCGCUGCCCAAGAGCUUCAGACCUCCCGUGUUACCGAAGACGCCAAUUCCGUUGAGAAGCAGCCCUCCAGCCCAUCCAACCUCUCGCCUCCGUCGCCCCAGCCCACGUCUCUCGUUCUCGAACCUCUUCCCUCGAUCGACACCCACCACACCCCGAAGCACCUCAAGCGCCCCCUCGAUCCCAACGCGAGCACAUCAUCCCCAGCCGACUUUGACGCUACACGCAUAGUGACCCGCCGCCUCUCGCCGCGUCUACUCCGCCGCGUGGCCCAAUCCCUGAACAUCGAGCGCGAAGAGGCUAGGCAGCUUCUACUCUCGCUCGAGCGCCACCUGGCGUUACACCCGGGCUCGCACCUCCUCGGCAACCCGGUCGAGUUCAUGCAGAGCCUCCUCGCCAAGGACGUUGCUGAUGGGAAGCACGCGCAGACGUGGUGGGACAAAGGCCGUCUAGAGAGCUUUCUCGAGUUCUUCUGCGGCAAUGUCCGUCUCCGUGGACCUUCGAAUUUGAGUCCGGCCAUGAGGAAGGAUAUCGUCGCGCGGCAGGCGGGAUGGCUCGCUGAGGCCUUUGUGAGCCGGGCUUUGCAUGCUCGACACCUCAUGCUCCCGCCGAACGUGCAGAAGGCGGACAGCGCACCGAGCGCCACGACGACAGCCGCGACGACGCCGCCCGACCUCCCGCACAUCAUGCGCCUGGGCGCCGUACUCGCGAGCCCGCCCCGCGGCCUAGUCGACGAGAUCACCCGCCCCAAGAUCGACAGGACGGAGCGCGCCGUCUUGAAGGAUCAAUUGCGGUACAGUGUCCUUCUGUUGCUGCCCGAUCUCGACGCCAAGCAGGCCGUGGUAUUCAGCGACGUGAUCGACGCGGAUGAUCCGGGCGACCCCAUCGACGACGCGCCGGCUUGCUCUGCCUCUUCCUCUGUUGCGGCAUGGAGCGAGAAGAACGGCGAGGACAGACACAAAGCGAAGGUUCCCGCCCGCGACGUGCGCAGUGAGAAGAGCCUGCUGGAUUGGGCGACUCGGUACGAGGUGGUGAGGACCAGGGAAAGGAUGACCGAGGCGUGGGCUCGUGAUCAGGCGCAGCUGCGCCAGUUUGGAUGGCUUGACGCCCCGGUCUACGAUGUGGUGCGCGUGUGCAUUCAUAAACGGAGGGAGUGGGACUGUUUCUGCGUCUUCUUGAAGGCGCACGAGGGGCUCGUUGAUGGAGUCUGGCCGCGCGUCGAUCCCGGGCAUCCUCAGCCGACUGUCAAGGUCAAGGGCGAUGCAGCGAACGGUACCAACGGAAACUUAGUGGCACCGCUUGCAGCCUCUCCCCGAUUCGCACCUCCGCCCGCCAUCGUGACCAUCAAUGAUUCGACUGUCGCUGCACCGUCGCCCGUCACACCGAUUCCGAAUUCGCCGCCUGUUCCUGCUGCCUCGAGCAUCGACGAUAUCCCAAUCCUCGCAUCAACAUCCGAGCAGCGCAGCAACUCCAGCGAGCCCAUCCAUGUUGACAGCGCUACCCAGACGAAUGGAUCUGCGCAUGUCCACACCCCGCCCAACGGCUCUCGAUCGAGCACUGCCGGCCCUCCGGCCCCAGCUAAGUCGAAGAACGCCGGGCAGGUCACAGUGUGGACCGAGCCGCCGCCUCCGCCAAAGGGACCGGCAGGGAAGCAGGUGAACGGUAGGCUUUCCCGCACGAGUUCUCGCUAUCGACCGGUUGAGGAGCCCGUGACUGCUGCGUCCGCGCCGUCCGUGCAUUCGGUGGCGAGAGGUUCGCCACCGACGACGCCAGCUCCCCCCACUGCACCUCCCGCAGCGCCAGCCGCUUUGCUCAGCCCCGCCCUCGCAAUCCCGAACGACCUCCUUCUCCACAACUCGGGCCGGCCCAAUCUGUAUGAGCGCCUCGGCCCCGACUUCGCCUCCAUCCCGCCUCCCCCCUCCACCUGCCGGUGCAACCAGUGCGGCGCCGUCUUCCUCCUCAUCCAGCUGCUCCUCGGCACGCUCGCCGUCGCCGCGCAUCCCGAGGGUCCCCCCCUUUCGUCGAGGCAGGCGGCGACGUGGACCCGCCUUUGUGCCGCACAGGCGCCCGCCGGCCCGUGGACUGAGGUCGAGGCAAGCGCCGUCGAGAUUGCGCGGAGGACGUUCGUCGCUCUGUGCGCGGCUGGCGACGAGGCCGCCGAGCCUGUCGCCGAGCGAUGGCUCCAGUUGGGAUCUUGGGCGCAGACCAUGCUCGCCGACGCGGUCGAGAACUGGGGCGUAGCCCUGCCCCGCGACAGGGGCGUGCCGGACAAACUCCGCCAGGUGCUCUUGUACAUGGCCAGCAUGGGUCCGGGCUGGGGGUGCAAGUCGGCCCAAGGCCGUGGCGGAACUGGGGAGCUGGCAGAGCUCGAGGCGAUAGAGCGCGGCCCACUUCCGCAAGAGUACCCCCAGCUUCCUCGGGCUGACGGACUCGGCGAUGUCGUUUCGGCCCCGCCUCCACGGAAGAAGGGCGGAAAGGCGGCCGCGCGUAAGCGCAUGCUGGGGAAGAAGGUCAACAGCUCUGCCAGGAGCCUCGCUGCCGCCCGCGCUGCUGUCGCCGGUCCUAGCAAUGGUGGUGAUCAAGUCCCGGCUCAGUCAACACCCGCCGCCUCGCCUUCGACUGCUUCUCUCCACCUCCCCGCCUCUCCCGCUAACGGCCACACCACCCCUCCCGCUGAGCUGGACGCAAUCUUCGCCUCGCUGACACCCGCGGAACAGGCCAAGUUUCUUGUCGACCGGGCCAGCCUCGAAAAGUCAGUGGCAGUGCGGGAGCAAAGGUGGGCAGAGAAGGUCAACAAGCACCAUGCGGAGAUGGAGGAGGAAGCAAAGGCUAGGGCCGAGAAGGAGAAAGUAGAUGCAGAGGCGAGGGAGAAGGCCGAGAGGGAGGAGAGGGAGAAAACCGAACGGGAGGAGAAGGAGCGCCUCGAGAGAUUUGAGGAGGCAAGGCGCCAGCUGAAGGAGAGGGAGGAGGCAGCCGAGCGCCAGCGCCAACAGGAGGAAGAGCAGCUCCGGCGCCAGCGACAGGUCGCGCGUGAGGCGGAGAGGAAGGUCUCGCGUCUGCAGAACAAGUCGAAGCGGAGGAAGUGA